UGGGAUGGGGCAGCUGGCCGGAGGCGGGGGGCCGGCCGUGGGACUGGUGCAUUUUCCUUCUGGAGACGAGGAGAACCUACUCCCAAGAAAUCCGCAUGUUUGAGGCUUCCCCUCUGCCAUGGAAUCUUGGCCCCUGUUGGCCUGGGUCUCCCUUCUUAGUCUGCUUGUCAGCCACAUGAAAGUAAUUCAAGCCCGAGACUUUACAGUGAAAGACAUUGUCUACCUUCAUCCUUCAACCACUCCGUAUCCUGGUGGAUUCAAAUGUUUCACUUGUGAAAAAGCCAUAGACAAUUAUGAAUGCAACCAGUGGGCUCCAGAUAUCUAUUGCCCCAAAGACACACGAUACUGUUACACAGAACACAUGCUGGAAGCCGGUGGAAAGAGCAUAUCUGUUACAAAGCGCUGUGCGCGUCUGGAACAUUGUCUGGCCACAGGAUGCCUGGCUUUCCCAGAUGGACUGAAGAUCUGCACUUCUUGCUGCGAAGGAAACAUCUGCAAUUUGCCAUUGCCCAGAAAUGCAAGCGAUGCAGUAUUUGCCACCACGACCCCCAUAAACCACACCCAAAGACAUUGGGAAAAUGCAUCGGUGAUGAUGUCGCUUCUUCUGUUAGCCUUUGCUUCAUGGGUGUCCUAGGAUAAGUUGCUGGUUGUGCAUCAAGGAUGAAAAUAUUUAUGCAUAAAUAUUUUACCUUAAUUUAAUAUAUGUUUCAAAUCUUACUUUUUUUUCCUCACAUUUCUAAAUUUACUUCUUGACUUUGUUUUAGCCUUGAAUGGUUUGAAAGCCAUACUUUCUGAUCUGUGUGUUUUGAAAAUGAGGGAAGUUUGCUGUCUGUCAGUUCUUCGAAGGCAA